CAGAAAAAGCUUGAACCUAUACUUUCGUGCAAAUCUCGUUCAACAUUGAAUUCAGGAUAUGAGAUGGUGAAAUCAUUGAUGAAAGAAUAUUGUCUGUUGAUAUCUGUUCUGCAGAAGAUCGAAGCCUCUGUUUACAAAUAACAAUCAGCAGAGUACACAGCUAUCUGUCAACAUGGAUGUCACAAACCGAUUGAAUAACACUAGCCCAGUGGAAUACAAGAGUGCAUCUACUGAUCAUGAUGAAUCAAAGCCAAAUAAUCUCUCGUUUUCCUUUAAUUUAGGCCUUGAGAAUAUGGACGAAGAUAUUUAUUCAGAUUCUGAUGCAGAAUUGGAAAUAGAUGUAUCAGAAAUUGACAAUUAUCAAGCCCCAAAUGUCCUGAAACGAAAGAGAGAGAUGGAUCAAGACAUAUCGGUUUUCAAUGAGAUGGAAGAAGAAAUUGAAAGACAAUUAGAUGCCAAAGCUGCUCGGACUAAUCUAACAGCAAAAAAUGUCAAGAACAUACUCAAACAUGUCAUCACUAAUGAACAUGUCAUGGCAAUGGUUAAACGACGAGCAUAUAACUUGGAAGAUGAUGUUACAUUCGAACCUAAACUAACCAGGGCUAAAGCAAAGGAAUUGGCAAUGGCUCAACCAGAUAUCCCUUGGCCAAUAUCGCCAGCUAAAAAAUUGGGAGGAUCUGAAGUACAGGUAUUAAUAGAAGAGGAAUUGCCGGAAGAUUCAUCCGAUGAGGAAUACCAUCCUGGACAAGAUGAACCAAGUGACGAUGAGAGGGAAGUAGAAAAUUCAAUUUCAAGUGAUUUGGAUUCCCAACCUUCAACUCCAGCAAAUGGGCCAGAUCUAAAUCCUGCUCCCGACAAUUUGCAACAAGAAAAGAAUAUAGAUGUUCGAUAUGAUGAGGAUGAGCUCUUCAAAGUUCCAGAUAUUCCUCACGUUCCUAUGGAAAGUGAGAAUAUUGGUCAAAGAACAAGAUCUAAAUUUUCACUCAGUGAGACACCUUUAGAACAGAUAGAACAGGCUUUUGUACCUCCUGAUAUCACUACUGAUAUGUAUGAUUGGGGUUGGGAUGCUGACGAUGAUUGGGAUAACUUUUUAAAAGAAUUCACGCAGCCUUUGACUCAAGAAAUUGUUGGAGAUGAUGAUCCAGAAGCUGAUCCAGAAUACAACAUAUUAGAAGACGAAGAAACUGACUUACUGGAUAAGGAAGAAUUACGGAUGGAUAAAGCUGUGAAAGUUACAAGAAAAGAGCUGAAUAAUUUGGUUGCCGAACUGUUUGAGUUUUCAGAUAUGUUUUCCAAACAAGAUCAAGACAUUGUUAAAAAAAAAAAAAAUGCAGAUAAUACAAUUUCCUUUAACGAGAACACCUCUGUUAAUGGCUCGGUGAUAGAGCUACUACCGGUUCUAGCAGAAUCUAACUUGCCUAAACUAGUAAAUUCUGAACAACGCAUGUUGUUGGAAGUUCAACUGACUCAGCAUGUUCAGCUUAUGGCGCAACAUUUUGCUAUGACCUACAUGCACCCUGAAUGGCACAAUCAGGCUAAAACGUCCAAGGAAAAUUUGAUGAGCUUGAAGUAUUUGAGUAAUGGCGAAAAUUCUGCUUUUAAUGCAAUCAAUCUGCCCUCUGCUUUGGAACUGAUUUUGAACUGGGAGAAAAAAUUUGAGGAUAAGAAAUUAUCGAGAAAUUAUAUCGCGUUUGUAAAGCAAGAAGAUGCCGUGGAUAACGUCGCUGUUUGGCAAAAAAUUAAAUACAUUCCCAAAUUUCAUCCUGCUAUACAAGAACUAUUUUUAAAUAGUGAGGCUUUGAUGUACCCCCAGCUUCUACCUGAGUGCCCGUUCAAAUUCUCUCGGAAACAAACUCGGUCUUCAAAAUGGUUGAGUUCUGAAAAUCAGCUCAUAGGAUUAGGACUCGAACAAUUCACACCUUUUGUCAACAUGAAUUCAUCCAAAUUAAAAACCAAAAGUGCACAGUUCAUAGAGAUAGUUCAAUUAAUUAUCCAAUAUCUUCUACCAACCAAAGAGCUGCCUAAUAUUGUCAGGCACAUAAAUUCUAGUCGCACGGGAGGAAGAUAUAAUGUAAUCAAGGAAUGGUAUAAGACUAAGAAACUACCAAAGCUUGUACACUGUAUCCGCAAAAUAGAUGAAAGUGACUUAAAAAAACCUAGGGAACAAAAAAUAAGUACGCUGCCACAGAAUUGGCAAAAAAUUUUAGAACAGGUAAUUGACCAGAGUAGUGAAUCAAGACGCAAUAGAUUAUUGAAGCUGUGUGAACAUCUUCUACAACCAUCUAAUUGUAAGUUGGAUAUUAAUGGCAAUUCUGGCGUGCAGCCGACUGCUUCAAUGCACAAGUUGAACCAAGAAUUGCUAAACCCCACUAUCAACAUGCUACCUACUAUGCCAUUUCUUAAUACACCCACAAAAAAUACUAACUGUACUAAAAACCCAAACAGUAAUCUGGAAAAGACAGGCAAUGGCUUACAGAAAUUAUCAAUCAGGCCUGAUGCCGGGGAAUUGCAGAGUGUUGAAUCACUUGAGAGUCCAUCAUUAUUUAUACAAAAUCAAAUUGAUGAUCCACUGAAUAGUGCUAGAAAUAGUUCAGUUGUGAAAUCAAGGUGUGAAGUGGCAGAUUCAUCUGAAAAUUCUAGUGAAAAUACACCAGAAAUAUCUGAUUUCUCAUCUCUAAAGGGUAUGACUGAAAGUGAUGAACACACUACUGUAGAUACAGUGACUGAAAGUAAUGAUCAACACGAGACGUUAAAGGAAGAAAGGAAUGCGCCAUCAUCCAUCGAUGGUCCUCAGUUGAGAAAAACUACACCUCGACUUGCAAAGAUACGCAGCGCACAGAACAUGAAAAUGAUGGCUCAGAUUCUGGGUAAUAAAGGACCUUCGCCAAGUACCACCGGUGUCAAGACACGUGGAAAAAGAGGCUUGUCCAAGAAUUCUGAGGAACCAUCCACAUCAAGCAACGGGGAUAAUGAAGAUGAGAUAGCAGAGUUAAUGUUAGCUAGUACAACCAUUAAGAAAGAUACAGCCAUACGAAAACGGGCCAAACAAGCGCGAGAGUUGGAAAAUAUCAAACGUUUGGUGGAGGCUGAGAAUGAUUUGAGUCAGGAAGAGAGAGCAACAAAAUUUGCAGUAUCAUUUAUUGAUAAGUUACACAAGGUACUAGAUCCUAAUGCUGAUAUAUUGAGAGCCGUAAGUAAAUUGCUUGUGGACUACAAUGAAAAAAUUGAGGCCCUCAAUCAAACAGAAACCGAAGAGCCAUGCCUAUCUGAAGUGCCAAAAGAAGAGGAAAUAGUUUGUCUAGAUGGAUCUCAGGAAAGACAAUCAACCUCCAAAUCAUUUAUCAAAAACAACGUAAUUAAGCAAGCAACUGAAGCUGCUAAAGAAUCUCUCACAGUGGAGCUUUACAAAGAUGUUUGUGAAAAAUUGGUGGGUUAUCCGGAAUUGUGUUCAGAUUUCUUGCUGUUCUUGAAGCCGCAUCAAGCAGCAAUUGUCGGUAAAUCAGUGGAGCAUGCCAUGCUACAAAAAAUGAGCGAUUUUGUCGAAAUUGCACAAAUUUAUUUUGCAAAACAGCCAUCUAGACUUUCAAAAGUUAUGCAGGCCAUAACACAGUUAGCUUCUGAACCUCGUGUAAGUUUGGAAAAGGUCAAUGCCGUAAUGGGUCCACUUCUCAAGGGACAUCCACUAGUGAUGGACACAUUUUUGCAAAUCUUGCCUAAUGGAAAACCGCCAGAAAGCUUAUUCGCUGCACACAUGUUUGAAAACCUAACUUGCCCUCUAGGCCCUCAUGAUAAAACCAAGAUUUAUGCAGAAGAUGCACCUGAGUUAUAUGAAAAUAUCGAAAUUCCGGUAUCAACAUCUCAGGAGGAUCCUUAUGGCGGUGAUAAUUGCAAGUGCGAGUGCCACUAUCUAGAUGAUCAUAAUUUAAAAAGCAGAAGUGAACAUUGUGUAUCUUGCGGCACGAGAUUUCUAAAUGGAAGGAUAUAUCUGCAAACAUCAGAGGGUCUGCGGCCAGCCAAAGUUACCUUUCCUGGAGGAGAUGAUGAAAAACAAGAACAUAUUACAAGAGUGUCACUUAAAACUGCAGAAAGAUUUGUACCUGCUACACCUACAAGACGUCGUAAAUCAUCAAAAACUUCUUCUGAUCAAGCUGAUACUAAGGCAAAUAAAACUUCGCCUUCCAAAGAGGGAGAGGAAAUGUUAUUGAAAUCCAAACGGAUGAAUAAAAUUUCAUUCAAGUCGAAGGAACAAAAGAAAUCUUCAAAACCCAUAGAAAUGAGUGGUAGUAAUGAUUGUUCAGCUGAGAAAAAAGAUCCCAUGUCUCCAGUGAAAACUAAACGGGAAGAGAGGGCAGAAAAAAGAGAGGCGCAAGAUAUUUCACGAUUGAAACAAACUAAAUCUGGGUAUAAAAACUCCACAAAACAAGUAAAAAUUCUGGAUCCGGAUAACACCGAUAAUACAGGACAAUCUCAUAAUGAAGAUACUAGUCAGGAUGAAAAUUCGAGACCAGAGGAUUGUAGAGUCGAUGAUGUAGAAGAAGAAACAAAACUAAGCCCAGGUAUGCACGAGGACAAUCCAGAGGCAGAUGUAAGUCUUGAAAAAAUGGAUGUUUCUAGCGAUUCUGGUAGUGAGUCUGAAAAUAAUGCUCAGGAUACAGUCGAAAUAAGGCCUUGGGCGAGGCAGGAAGACGCAAUAUUAUUAGAGUGCAUGAAAAAAGAGUAUUCAGAAAAUACUUUCAUCAUGAUCAGCGAGAUGCUUGUUGAUCGGACGGUUCAACAGGUAAAAGAACGCUUCGAAAUUCUUCUCUCUUUAUUGGAAAAAAUGGCUUAAUG